AUGACCGGAGAGGUGGGUUCUGAGGUUAACCUGGAAGUCAACGAUCUAAAACUCCUUUCACAAGAAGCAGCAGACAGUCCUGUAGACAGUGGGCAGGGCAGCUUUGAAACACUCGAGCCCUUGAGUGAAAGAGAUUCUGACGACGAGAUUUUUGUGAGUAAGAAACCGAAGAGCAGGAAGGUGUUACAAGACAGCGACUCUGAGGCCGAGGACAGAGACGAUGCCCCGGAGAAACCCACCUACGGCAGCGCGGAGGACAACAAGGAGACAAAGAGCAGGAAAGUGCUACAAGACAGCGAUUCUGAGGCCGAGGACAGAGACGAUGCCCCGGAGAAACCCACCCACGGCAGCGCGGAGGACAACAAGGAGAAUUUAUACUCAGGGAGGAGUCAGAAGGUCAGAAGCAUUUCCAAAGCCCUGGCUGACAGUGACGAGAGUAACACGGGGGACACUCUGUGUCAGGAGAGGCUUGAGACUCCAGAGACUCCUUCCUUGGCGCCAAGCCACCUGACAGGAAGCUCUGUGGCCUCCGCCACUGACAGAAAGCUCUCCAAAAUACUCCUCAGAGAAGGAGCUGAAGGAAAAACAAUGUCUAAGAGAAGACUGGAGAAAGAGGAGAGAACAAUGGAGAAAAUCAGGAGACUGAAAAGGAGGGAAACAAGAUGUGAGGAAAGUGAUGCAGACCGGCCGCUUAAUGACAGUGGCUGUCUCCUUGAAGAUAGUGAUCUUUUUGAAACAGGUUUGGAGGAAGAAAAUGACUCUCCACUGGAAGAUGAAGAGUCGUUAGAGUCAAUAAGGGCGGCUGUAAAAAACAAGGUGAAGAAGUGCAAGAAAAAGGAACCGUCUCUGGAGAGUGAGACUUUUUCCUUAGAAGACGGAAAUGAGUUACCCAAAGGCCGUGCGAGGAAGGAAAGAAAGGCAGCAAGGUUAAGUAAGGAAGCAUUAAAAAAACUGCAUAGUGAGACCCAGCGUCUGGUCCGAGAAUCUGCACUUAAUCUUCCAUAUCAUAUGCCUGAGAGUAAAACUAUUCACGAUUUCUUCAAACGUAAGCCCCGGCCCACGUGCCAGGGCAGUGCCAUGGCCCUGCUAAAGUCAUCUAAGUAUCAGUCGGGCCAUUACAAGGAAACCAUGAACCCAGCAGAUGCUGCUGGAAUGGGUGCUGAGGACUCCAGCAAAGGUUCCAAGCAGAGGACGGGGGCUGGAAUUGCAACGGAAACUGAUGUUCUCCCUGAGGUCUCAGAAGAAGCCAGGAUCCCUGCUGGAUCAGAUGAGGCUUAUGGGAAGGAUCCGAUAAGACAAGGAGAGCUGGAAAUUGAGGAGACUGAGAAGCACAGUGAUGACAGACCUUAUUCUCCUGGGGACAGAUCCAUGUCACAGCAGGAAUCCUCUAUCUCCAGGAUCAAAGACAAUGAGGGGCAUCAGGCUGGAGACCUCACAGAAUCUGACCCUCCGGCCCUGGAGGGAGAAGAACUAAAAACAGUAGAAAAAACAGAUGCAAAAGAGGGAAUGCCUGAACAGAAAACCCAGUCCGAGUCCCCAGCAGCAGCAGCAGCAGCAGCAGCAGCAGCACCUGAAAAGGUGAGACGAUUCACCGUGGACCGACUUAGACAACUGGGAGUGGAUGUUUCCAGUCAACCUCGGCUGGGUGCUGAUGAAGACUCCUUUGUGAUACUUGAUGAACCUGAAACCAACAGAGAAUUGGAAGCCUUGAAGCAGCGUUUCUGGAGGCACGCUAACCCAGCAGCCAGUCCCAGGGCUCGUCAAACGUUGAAUGUGAGCAUCAUCGUGAAGGACUUGGGCACUGAUGGGAAGGAGGAGCUGAAGGCAGAAGUGGUACCUGUCACUUUGGCAGCAGAGAAGCUGGAGGGAGCAAGCCACACAAAGCCAGGUGAAAAACUGCAGAUGUUGAAAGCUAAGUUGCAGGAGGCAAUGAAACUCCGAAGGCUUGAGGAGCGGCAGAAGCGCCAAGCAUUAUUUAAAUUGGAUAAUGAAGAUGGAUUUGAAGAGGAGGAGGAAGAGGAAGAAAUGACAGAUGAGUCUGAGGAAGAUGGAGAAGAGGAGGUGGAAGAGGAGGAGGAGGAGGAGGAGGAUCAAGACAUUCAGGAGACUACAGAAUAUCUUCUUGGUAGUGAAGAUACGGAAACCAAAGAUGAAAAAGAAACAGAUAAAGAAAAUACAGACGCCAGUAGUGACAUUGGCAAGUCUGUUGCCCUCUGUGUCCCCAAGCCUCUCUCCUCAGACUCCACCUUACUUCUGUUUAAGGACAGCUCUUCUAAAAUGGGUUACUUUCCUACUGAAGAAAAAUCAGAAACAGAUGAGCACUUGGGCAAGCAGUCUGACAAGCUGGAUGAGGAUGACUCAAGUUCACUGCUAACAAAGGAGAGCAGUCACAAUAGCAGCUUUGAGCUGAUUGGUUCCACAAUUCCAUCCUAUCAGCCUUGCAACAGACAGACAGGCCGUGGGGCGAGUUUUCUCCCUACAGCAGGAUUCAGAUCUCCAUCCCCUGGGCUGUUCCGAGGGAGUUUGAUCAGCUCAGCUUCUAAGAGUUCAGGAAAACUGUCUGAGCCUUCACUUCCCAUAGAGGAUUCCCAGGAUCUGUACACCGCCUCCCCAGAGCCUAAGACACUUUUCCUAGGAGCAGGAGACUUCCAGUUCUGUUUGGAAGAUGACACUCAGAGCCAACUGUUGGAUGCAGAUGGAUUUUUAAACAUUAGAAAUCACCGCCAUCACUAUCAGGCUGUGAAACCCCAGUUGCCGCUGGCCAGCAUGGACGAGAAUGCCAUGGACGCCAACAUGGACGAGCUGCUGGAUUUGUGCACUGGACAGUUUACAUCUCAGCCUGAGGAGAAAUGUCAACCAAGGAAGAAUGACAAGAAAGAAAACAUGGAGGAACUUCUGAAUCUCUGCUCAGGCAAAUUUCCUUCUCAAGAUGCCUCCCCGGUGGCUCCACUGGGGCUGAGGAAUCAGGAGAAGGAGAGCAGCACAGAAGAUCCGAUGGAAGAGGCGCUUGCUCUUUGCUCGGGCUCUUUCCCAACAGACAGGGAGGAAGAGGGUGAAGAGGAAGAAUUUGGCGACUUCCAGCUUGUUUCCAAAGAGGAUGGAUUUGCUAGUGAUGAGGGUGAACACAGUGACUCCAAUGAUGAAGAGCUGGCCCUGGACCUGGAGGAUGAUGAAGAAGAGCUCCUGAAGCAGUCUGAGAAGAUGAAACGCCAAAUGAGACUGAAGAAAUACUUAGAAGACGAGGCAGAGGUGUCAGGCAGUGACGUGGGAAGUGAAGACGAGUAUGAUGGGGAGGAGAUUGAUGAAUAUGAAGAGGACGUCAUUGACGAGGUGCUUCCGUCUGAUGAGGAGCUGGAGAGUCAGAUCAAGAAAAUACACAUGAAAACCAUGUUGGACGAUGAUAAGCGGCGACUGCGGCUAUAUCAAGAGAGGUACCUUGCUGAUGGGGAUCUGCACAGCGACGGGCCUGGACGAACAAGAAAAUUCCGAUGGAAACACAUAGAUGAUACCUCCCAGAUGGAUCUGUUUCACAGAGACUCUGAUGACGAUCAGGUUGAAGAACAGCUUGAUGAGACUGAAGCCAAGUGGAGGAAGGAGCGGAUUGAGCGAGAGCAGUGGCUUCGGGAACAGGCUCAACAGGGGAAAAUUGCUGUUGAAGAAGAGGACAUUGGGGAAGACAGUCAGUUUAUGAUGCUAGCCAAGAAAGUCACAGCCAAAGCGCUGCAGAAGAAUGCCAGUCGUGCUGUGGUUGUUCAGGAAUCAAAGUCUGUGCCCAGUAACCCUUUUGAAACCAUCAGACCAGGAGGUGCUCACCAGCUGAGGACAGGCUCCCUGCUAAGCCAGCCCAAAGCUGUGCUCCAGAAACUCGCUGCCCUGUCUGACCUCAACCCCAGCGCUCCCCGGAACUCAAGGAACUUUGUCUUUCAUACGCUUUCUCCCAGCAAGGCAGAGGCAGCAAAGGACUCGGCUAAGCCUCAGGUCAGAAGAAGGGGACCGUCGUCAAUGAUGUCACCGUCUCCUAAGCGGCUAAAGACAAACGGAAGCAGUCCAGGGCCAAAGCGAAGCAUCUUCAGAUACUUGGAAAGCUAGCGCCAUGCAG